AUGCAGACAUCCUUCAGGAAUUAUCAAUUUGACGGGAACCAUGCAGCGAAUAGGCGGGGGCACGUGCCACAGUUAUCUAUAAGUGACGACAAUCAUCACGUAACUGAAGCGAUUGGGGACUUGUACGGGGAAUACCAGAAUGGGAGACGAGACUCAAGACCUCUAGGCUUUGUUCCGCCAAACCCAGCAAACCUACCAAAUACAUCAGAGUCGCAACGGCGACCCCCACCCAGAGCUGGACCCUCUCCUCCACAGUCCCUUAGAAACGCACGGAACUCUUUGGUCCGGAACAUAUCCAAUGAGCGAACACCUACACAAGUCAACGGACAAGGUAGAAUGAUGGCGAGCAGGAGCAACUCUGGCGAUGGCGAGGGUGGGCCAAUAUCACCCACCAUGGCAGGGCAGCUGUCACCAAGCAACUCGUUGCACCGCACCAACUCCGACACGGCAAGCACUCAUUUCCCUCUUAACGACAUCGACUACGAAUCCAACCCCAAUGCUGUGGCUCAGGAGCUCAGCAACCUAGCUGCUAUACGGCGGAUGUCUAUGGACGUAAACGCUUCUGGCGAUCCGGAUCUGCCAUCCUUUCCCUCAAACUUCGGUAUGACUACCGCGCCGCCAAUGGAUACUGAUCCGGAUGAUGCAUCUAGACUGUACUGGGUUCCUGCAAGUGUGCAUCCAGAACUGGCGCCAAUGGAAUUCAAAACAUUCCUGGAUAAGAAGGUCAAAUCUCUGAAGAGGAGGUCGGAGGAGAGCUCGCUUUCGCCAGAUGGCUUACAACCGGGAGGCUCAAACGCCAGUCUUAGGAGGCGCAAAUCUAUGCUGUCGAGGCAGAUUGACAAUUCAGGGGGGCGAGGCGCGGAUGGAUAUCAAGAUGGUGCUGAGGUGUUAGAUCGGAAGAGAUCGCAGUCAGGGGACAAAGUAUUGAGUACAGGCAUCACAAAUCUACAAGACCUAGAGGCUCUCGUCAACGAACCCGAGAAGAUCAUGCAGAGGCUGAGCUUGGAGACUGGAGCUGAAGGUGGGGAAGUACUUCCCGGAGACGAUGUACCAAUCCUACCAGGCGCUCCAUCUGGGGGUAACUCGUUGAGGCGAUCGACCCGCACUACGUACCGAAGAGGAGGCAGUCUACGUAAGGGUGAACGAGGCCCAUUGUCAAAACGUGCAGCCUUCAGGUCAGAUACUACAGAUGGCGAGGAGUCACCGAUUUCGGCACCAAGCGUUCCACAGAACGAAGCUUUCGAGAAACUUUCGAGGGCCCAAACAGAACCUACACCGCCUCCAGAGCGAGUUACGGAGAACUUCUCCCGACCUGGACGAAUGAAUAGGCGUGCAGGGAUUCCACCAGGAGUGUCACAAAGAACAUCGCUGUCCUCGUCAUUUGAUGAAGCGCCUACGGACCGCAAGUCUUCAGAGUUACGGGACCAACCAGGUAUAGCCCCGCACACGAGGCAUUUUGUCUCGCAGAUUGCUUCGAACGGGAGAUUAGGUGUUACCCCAGAAGCGCUCGGAAAGGGGAUACCGCACAUUAUUGAAACACCUCCCGAAGAGGCAAGACCGGCGUCUAGAAAAGGCUUCGUCCCUGAACGAACAACAUCACAUGAGCCGCCGCCUAUCCACCAACCCUCAGCUUCUUCAUCCGCAGGUCCGUCCAGAGCUCAGAAAUGGACUCCGCAGUCAAGGCAAAAUCAAAGUAUAAAGAGCAAUCAGAGCUUGAGCGAUAUGACUUCCCAUCCUUCUCCUCUACCUGGAAACAACACGCGUACAGACAGCUUGUCUUUCAUCCCUACGUUGACCGAGGACAAAAAGUCUGCAGAGGCUAGAAAGGCUAAAGAAAAGGCCGAUCAAGAAAAGGCGGAUAGUGGCCGGAAAUCAAGUUGGAGUUGGGGCUCGCUCUUAGGGAAUGAAGAAAGGGAAAAAGAGAAGAGAAAAGCGGAGGAAGCCAAGCAAGAAAAGAAAGUAAGGGCGCGGCUCGGUAAACCAUUAGACAAGUCGCACGACAAUACAAGACUCGACCUCUUGCAGACUACUAUGGAAGGCAGCCGAGGCCGAGAAAGCAUUGUACUUGACCGCGGAGACCUAAAGCUCGAAGAAGAACGAAAGAAAGAGAGCUCCCGGAAAUCUAGUGGAAAUGAAGGUAAGAAAGAGAAGGAAGGUGGGUUCAUCUCAUCAAUAUUCGGAGGCGGUAAGAAGAAGGGAGAGCAGGAGUCUAAGGGGAAGAAGCACUUCUCACGCAACCUCUCUCCCGAACCACCAAUGCGAAUAUUGAAACCAGACAUCGACUACAACUGGACACGAUUCUCCAUUCUAGAGGAGCGGGCGAUCUACCGCAUGGCGCAUAUCAAACUCGCGAAUCCCCGCCGCGCAUUGCAUUCCCAGGUGUUGCUUAGCAACUUCAUGUAUUCCUAUCUCGCAAAGGUGCAACAGAUGCAUCCCCAGGCACAACUUCCCCAAUCUGCAGCCCAGCGGCAACAGGCGGCUCAGCAGAAGAAGGAUCAGCCGGAGGAGUUCGCACAGUAUCAGAAGUAUCAGCAGCAGCAACAGCAAAGACAACAAGAACAAGAUGAAGCGCAACAAGCCGCGUCGGUCCAAUCGCAAGUGACUGCUCUGCAGUCCCAAGUACCGACGCUACCAGCAUUAGCCCCAGUACAACAACAUGAUAGCUUCAUGGAUGACUACGAACAUGAAGAUCUACCCCAUGAUAACAGACACCGCCCGCAGUCGCGAGCCAGUCAGCAUAGUCAGGACAGUGGCAAUGGGCAUCCAAAUCAAGCAAUUGGGAGUCAACAACGUCGCCAAGGAUAUAACAACCCGCAGCUCUCAAAUCCUUACCAAUACCAGCAGAGCCAAUUCGAUGAGCCGGGAAGGGCGGCCGAUGAUGACAUGUGGGCAUACACAACGCCCAUCGACGCAGUCGUACAUGAGCGAGCCGGAGCUUCCGGAAUACAUGGGGCCAGUUUCAGUGCUCUCAUGAUGUCAACGCAGCGCGUUUUGAGGAUCGAGAACGUCGAAGCUGGAGUGGCUUCCGAACCGUGCGUGAGCGAUGGAAGUUUCUGGAUAGAGAGAGAGAGAGAGAGAGGGAAGAUGAUUACCCUCAGCGAACUGAGGAUCUGUGUAUAUUAUGACAAGUCAUGA